GCAGUAUCAAAUGAAUUUCAAGUCGCGGCGCACGUGUUUCGUCCUUUGGCGCGGAUGUGACUACGAGUCCUUAUCGCAGAUUGUGGUCCUGGCCACGAAAGGAUAUCUCGUAGUUGCCGCAUUCGAUAGCGGUGUCGCGGUUUCCCAACUUUCCCAACUGCCGCAUCUGUUUUUUCAACUUGUGCGCGAGACGACACUAAGAUCGUUCGGCUUCGAUUUCGCUCAGUGUAUAAUGCUCUUGAGGCAAAAGUGAAGUUUCGAAUUGGAGGCCGCUUUAUGCGGCCAGUGAAAGAUAUUGUCCCCUGAAUUAAUUGUCUGUUAAAAACUAACAUUGGAUGUUUAAAUGGUUAAAUUCAUGGGAAAUAUUCGCCCUGCUGCUGCUGACACCAAAAUUGAGUCGAAUAACAGCUUUAAGUACAUUAAUAUUAACCCACCCACACUGCUCUUUCGCAUUCAAUGUGGCUCGAUUUUCCCUCCUCGAAAAGUGGAGCACAGAUAAAUCAGAGAAAAACAUUUAUUUCUCAUCGGAAAUGAACUCGGACGGGCGACGUGAUUUAAUGCCAAUCGAAAAUGCAUUUGUUACUCAGGUUUCUUGCAAAUUAUACGCUUAGCGAUAGGAUUGAAACACAGAAAACAAAACACAUUUUUUACAGACUUCAACUGAAACUCCAGACAGUUGCAUAAACAACAACCAAGAGUUUCGUGCAAAAAUAAAUGUUAAAUCAAAGUUUUUCCAAGUUGAGAUGGAAGUUUUUCCAAGUUCUUCUUCGCCUUAUCUGCUUUUGAAGUUCACUCGCAUUUUUCCUCUGAAAUCCAGGGCAGAAUGAAAAAUCGGAAAUAUGUACCUAAUGAGCACGUGUGUUACGGAUUGACUUUGAAGUGAGUCCUCAUUUCUAAUGAGUUCUUGUGGUGAUAUGAAGUAGGAAAGAAUGCACUUCAAAAACGAUUUAGGAACCAAACCAUUAGCAGUAAUGUAAACCAAAAUACGUAAACUUGUGGGGCUAAAUUACACUCAUCUAACCGCCAUUGAGGUGAAUAAAUAUAAAUAAGUAAGAUCCGGCUCGCAGGACCAUGGCUAUGGAGGGAAAAUGCUUCGGUUGCAUCGCAACGCCAAUCCUCGUAAUAAUGAUAAGCAUUUCGAGAGCUUGGACAAUGCAACAACAACACUUGAGUCCUGCCAUCCAACAACAUCCUGCAGUCAAAUCGUUGUCUCAUCUCGUGGAUGGCAAUGACAACCUGUUGCCCAUGGUUUCUGCACCAUCGAGCAUUGAUAACGAUUACGUUUACAUUGCUUCGGUGAAUAGGAAAUUUCCCCAGUUCGGAAAUUCCAUCGAUGAUGAACGAGAGGCCGAGGAGCAGCCGCCCGAGGAGACCACCUAUCCGCCACCCGUUUUUGACUUCGGAAUGCCCAGGAAUAUUACAACCCGGACGGGACACACGGCGGCCAUCAAUUGCCGCGUUGACAAUCUGGGUGAUAAAUCGGUAUCCUGGAUAAGAAAACGCGAUUUGCACAUUCUGACUGCAGGCAUUUUGACCUACACAUCUGAUGAGCGUUUCAAGGUGGUGCGGACCGCCGACUCCAAGGAUUGGACAUUGCAUGUGAAAUAUGCCCAGCCACGUGACAGCGGCAUCUACGAAUGCCAAGUGAAUACGGAGCCAAAGAUUUCGAUGGCAUUUCGCCUGAAUGUCAUAGUAACGCCGCCAGAUGCCAAGGCGAUUAUUGCCGGACCGACGGACCUCUAUGUCAAAGUGGGCAGCAGCGUAACGCUCACUUGUCACGUGAAGCAGCCGGCGACGUCGGCGCAGGAUAUUGGGCCAAUUUACUGGUAUCGCGGCCCCUACAUCCUCACCCCAUUCGUGGCCCAUCCGAAUGACGCGGCCAUCGAUUUGCAGCGCAUCUCCAUGGAGUCCACGCUGGCCGAGAAGCUCCAGAGCAGAUUACGCAUUGCCAAUGCUCAGCUGCUGGACACCGGAAACUAUACGUGCAUGCCGACCACAGCGGAAGCGGCCAGCGUGGUGGUCAAUGUCAUCAAUGACGAAAGCCCCGCAGCGAUGCAAAAGAGCAGGGCGAUCCGGACCAGUGGCAGCAUGCGUAGCAGUCGAUUGGUCCUCCUCCUGGCCAUGGUGGCCAGUUCCGUUGUGCGAUGGCUUAUUGGUGGCCAACGCAUCGGGAGCAACAGCUGCCAUGAUUCCUGCUCGAAUUUAUCCACUCUGCAUAUCAAUUAUUGCAACCUGCGUGCGAAAAUCACCAGCCACUUGAAGGAGCAUCGAUGUUUGGGCCCUGGAUCGACGGUCGAAUCAUGAUAAUUAAGUGGUGGCCACUUGGAAAUACAAUUAUAAAAAAAAAAAACAUCUUGUAUAUAAAAAACUGAAUUCAUAGUUAAGCAUAACUCAUUUGUGUAAAUCUGAGAAAUCUGGGGAGAUGAUGGGAAAGCCGCUGUAUGAAAUAAUUAGUUUAUCGUACUGCUUCGCCAUCCUAAACUUUAUUCAUCGUUUAUUACAACAUUAUAAUGAUUGUGAAACUUUCCAACUGUCUGCAUUUAGUGGUUUCCCAUCUGGCAUAUACUAUGACUAUAUUUAAUGCUAAUUUUUAUGACUAGCGUAAAUAUUUAUGUAACAAUAAAAAUAAAAAAUGGUGCCCAUGUAAUUAUCGAAUGUAAAACGAAACGAAAUUACGAACGCGAUAACAGACACAAAGCUGCAUUGCAUUGUUAGUUUUAGAAUGCAAAUAUUAUUAUUAUUAUUAUUCGGGUUAUUUUCCGUUUCUGUUAUUGCAAUUAGCUAAUUAUGUUUGUCACUGUGAAAGCACUUGAAAACCAAUUGAAUUCAACUCACAUUAAUGCGACAGGCGCUGGAAAAUAAAAACUGUUUCAAAUUGCAUUAUCAGCCACAUAAAAAGGGCCACAACUAAUUUCACUUCGAUUUAGUUAUAGAUUUUCACAUAUUCCAUGUGCAGGACAAACGAUUUGUAACCGUAUAUAUCGAAAUUCUCAAUGAGAAACAAUGAAAUGUAUUUUGUUGAAAUAAAAACUUGAUUUU